UUUCUUGGAUUUUCCCCAUUUGUCGUCGGGAAAAAUUAAGAAAUACAGCAUUGAAAAAUGAAGAAAUACACGUGUGGGGAUUGUAUGUUUGAUUGUGACGGUGUUUUAGAUCUUCAUCUCCACUUACUACAGCAUUCAGAGGGAGGAAACUACUUGUACAGAAAUGAUCUAAGAACAGCUUUCCCUAAGCAAUCCAAUGUGAGUUGUAGCACUCAGACACUUUCUCCUGACAGUUUGUCUAAAGAAGUACAGACAGAUGAUCCACCUGUAAUAAAUGAAACUGAAAUAAAAGAAGAAACAGAAGAUGAUGUACGAAAUGAAACUGUUGUAGAGGCGGGAUUUAUCGAUACUAGACAAUUGACAGAUGAAAAUUACGUCGACGAUGGCAUGCAAAUUGGAUGGAAAGAAAAAAACUUUUUUGAAGAUUUAGAAAAUAAAGUAAAAUAUACUGAGACAGAGGUAUCGCAAACAAAUGUCAGUGCUGAAUUACCAGUUUGUUUUCAGGCUGAAAAGCUAUUUUUGCUCCACAAUGACACUUUUAGCGCUACUACCAGUGCCGCCACACAAUAUGUAUUUGAACUUGAUGCAAAUGCUGAUGCUUAUGAUGAUAGUCACACAGCCAAAGAUGACAAGAAGAAGAAAUCAAAAGGAAAUAAAUGUAAAAUAGUAGACACAAAUUAUGAUAAACAUGGAGACAGAUUGCUCAAUAGUGAGACUGAAGUGCUGAUAAAUAACAAGAAUGAAGUAUCAAAAACAAGAAAGAGGAAAAAAGGAAAGAAAAACUUUUGGAAAAGAAAAAAGAAAGUGUGUAUUGAUUUGUCAAAAUUAGACGUAAAAGAUAAAUCAGAAGUUCAGAGCUCUCAGUUCAUUUGCCGUGUUUGUGAGAGCAUAUUUACUAACAGACCAAGGUGGGAAAUGCAUAUUGAAGAUAAACAUUAUCAUGAAUAUGAUUUACAGUGUGGGAGUUGUUUCCUACCGUUUGUAAGUGAUGAAGAAACAUCAUCUCACAAUUGCAGCAUUUCUUUCAAUCUGACACACAGUUGUUUAAGCUGCAAAGACAAAAAAGAAUAUAGGUUUGAAAAAAAUCUUAUAAAACAUAUUGAAUGUGAGCAUGAUAAUAUUUUUCCAUUGUCCUGUGAAGUAUGUGGCAAACUAUUGUUGUCAGAGUUGGUGCAACGAAAACAUCUUGCCGAACAUGACCCGUCAUUUAGACAUUGCAACUUGUGUAAUAAAGAUUUCAUUGGUAGACCGUUAAUUCAGUUAGAUGAUCAUUUAUUGAAGCAUGAUGGAAUAAUGAGAUAUCGUUGUCACUUGUGUAAUGAGGCCUACCAUAAAAAGAUAUCCUUAUCACUUCAUCUAACCACAAAACAUGAAAUUGGUAAAAGUCUUUGUGUAUGUGAACAUUGUGGACAUUCAUUUCCCCACCCUAGACAGUUGUAUAAACAUGUAAAAAAUGUCUGUACCAAACAUAAAGUAUUUUGUGAAAUAUGCGAGAAAUGGUUUAGCAGCACAUACAUUUACACCCAUAAAAAAUUACAUUCUGGAGAAAGGCCUUUCAUAUGUGAGAAAUGUGGAGACAGUUUUCCUCUGGCAGAUAGCCUGAAAAUUCAUAUGAAAUAUAAACAUACUUUCGAAAAGAAAUUUAAGUGCAUGCAAUGCGAAAAGGCUUUUGUUAAACUAUCUACACUUCAGCGGCAUGAAAGAGUACACCUGAAAAUUUGCCCACAUAUCUGUGAUUAUUGUGGAAAACAGUUUUCAACAAACUGGAAUUUAAAAGCACAUAUGAGACAGCAUACAGGGGAAGCCCCCUAUAAAUGUUCUAAAUGUGGUGCUGGUUUUGCACAUAACGUUGUUAGGAAAACACAUGAAGCCAAGUGUGGGGUCAAAUGUGAAUAAAUUGAAUAAUUCAGAGUGUGAGGACUAAAUUUAAUGUGAAUGAGGUAAAAUGGACAAAUGUAAAAUAUAGCAAAGUUUUGAGGGCAUUUGUGAAUGAAGCAAAGUGUGAGGUGAAUUAUGAAUGAAAUAAAGUGAGAUGUCAGUGUGAAUGAAGCGAUGUGUGAGGUCAAAUGUGAGUGAUGCAAAGUGUGAGUGAAGUAAAGGUGAAGUCAAAUGUAAAUGAAUCAAAGUGUGAGGUCAGUGUGAAUAAAAUAAACUGUGAGGUCAAUGCAAAUGAAGCAAAGUGUGAAAAGAAAUGUGAAUGAGGCAAAGUGCGAGGUCAAAUGUUAGUGAAAUAAAGGUCAGCGCAAAUGUGAAUGAGGCAAAGUGUGAGGUCAAAUGUUAGUGAAAUAAAGGUCAGCACAAAUGUGAAUGAGGCAAAGUGUGAGGUCAAAUGUUAGUGAAAUAAAGGUCCGCACAAAUGUGAAUGAGGCAAAGUGUGAGGUCAAAUGUUAGUGAAAUAAAGGUCCGCACAAAUGUGAAUGAGGCAAAGUGUGAGGUCAAAUGUUAGUGAAAUAAAGGUCAGCACAAUGUGAAUGAGGCAAAGUGCGAGGUCAAAUGUUAGUGAAAUAAAGGUCAGCACAAAUGUGAAUGAGGCAAAGUGUGAGGUCAAAUGUUAGUGAAAUAAAGUGUGAUGUCAUAAUUAUGUGAGUUAAGUAAAGGUGAGGACAUAUGUGAAUGAAUCAAAGUAUGAGGACAAAUGUGAAUGAAGCAAAGUUUGUGGACAAAUGUGAAUGAAGCAAAGUUUGAGGACAAAUGUGAAUGAAGCAAAGUUUGAGGACAAAAGUGAAUGAAGCAAAGUUUGUGGACAAAUGUGAAUGAAGCAGUUUGUGGACAAAUGUGAAUGAAGCAAAGUUUGAGGACAAAAGUGAAUGAAGCAAAGUUUGAGGACAAAAGUGAAUGAAGCAAAGUUUGUGGACAAAUGUGAAUGAAGCAAAGUUUGAGGACAAAAGUGAAUGAAGCAAAGUUUGAGGACAAAUGUGAAUGAAGCAAAGUUUGUGGACAAAAGUGAAUGAAGCAAAGUUUGAGGACAAACGUGAAUGAAGCAAAGUUUGAGGCAAAGUUUGAGGAAAAGUGAAUGAAGCAAAAUUUGUGGACAAAAGUGAAUGAAGCAAAGUUUGAGGACAAAAGUGAAUGAAGCAAAGUUUGUGGACAAACGUGAAUGAAGCAAAGUUUGAGGACAAACGUGAAUGAAGCAAAGUUUGAGGACAAAAGUGAAUGAAGCAAAGUUUGAGGACAAAAGUGAAUGAACAAAGUUUGUGGACAAAUGUGAAUGAAGCAAAGUUUGUGGACAAAAGUGAAUGAAGCAAAGUUUGAGGACAAAAGUGAAUGAAGUGUGAGGUCAAAUUUGAGUGAAGAAAAGGUGAGGACAAAUGUGAAUGAAGCAAAAUGUUAGGUCAAAUGUUAAACUAAAGUAGUAUGUCUAACACGUGUUGUAUUAAUCAAUGCAGUUACAGCAGAAGCAAAAAUACAAAAGAAAAAAUACACAGGGAUGUGUAAAGAAAAAAGGGUGAGGCAGAAAACGAGAUCUUUGUCUUUUUAACUUUUGUACGGUAGAAUUCACCUUUAAUUCUUGUUGUUUAUUUCUCUUUCCAUCAUUAUGCUCACACAUAUGUGUAGGUUAUAUCCAGUGAAAUAAAACCUGUUGUAAUAUCUCUA